AUGGUGGUGGUAGUCAAUCCUAACAACUGGCAUUGGGUUGAGAAGAACACUCUCUCUUGGAGUCAAGCAUAUUUCGAAGAAAAGCUUCCUCAAUUGCAAGUAGAGGAUGGCAGUCAUCAGGUGAUAGUGACCAAAGUCUCCAGUGUACGUGGUGACUCCAACGUCUCACAACGUAAGGGGAAGCCAAUCUGUUAUUUUGACUUGCAAAUUUCACUGAUGGUUGCCGUCAAAGAUGGAGCCGACGAGCUUAUUAGCGGCUCGCUUACAGUGCCUGAACUAACCCAUGAUGAAGAACCAGAGAUUAAGAUGGAAAGCUCCUUUGGCGAGCAUCAAACGCUAUUAGAGAAGCAAUUCUAUCCUGUCCUUUUGGAGGCCCUUUUGCGGUAUCAGUCAGAUCUGAUGCGGGCACAUAGCGGAGAUCUAGGUAGUAAUGUUUAG